AUGGAUAAUGUUCUAGUUGAAGCUCUUGUAAAGGAAGAUGAUAUAGGUAAUCGGGUGAAUGGUACAUUCACUUCGCAAGCAUAUGUGAACAUGAUUGCAGGGUUGAGUAAAGAGUUUAACAAGCCUAUUACAAAAGAUCAACUUAAAAACAGAAUGAAAACUUUAAAAUGUAAUUUUAGUAAAUGGUAUGAUAUGUAUCGGGGUACUUCGUUGAGUGGGUUCUCAUGGAAUUCUCAAACAAAACACAUUGAAGCAAAGGAGGAAAUAUGGGAGCAAUUAAUUAAAGCGAACCCUGAAGCAGCCGCAUUCAGGACCAAAGAUAUUUUAAAUUACAGUCAGUUGGAGAUGUUAUUUUCAGAUGAUAGAGCAUCGGGAUCAAAAGCGGAAACAACAAAAGAAAAAAACGCCCGGUUAAGCAAAUCCAAAGAAAUUAAAAUAAAAAAAAUUGCUGAUGUGGAAAAACUAAUGGCAAAUAAGGAGGUAAGUUUGGAGAACGUACACAAAGAUGAUGAUGAGGACAUUCAAAUAGUGUCAGCAACAGAUGUUUCACCUGAUGGGAGUUCAAAAGCAAAGAAGCUGAAGAGUAAAAAAAGAAAACUAGAAAGCAAACUUCAAGAUGAAGAUGAAGUAGUAGCUGAAACUGAACCUGAACCUCAACAGAAUCUUUUGAACACAAUAUUGUGCAAACAUUUAAAGAAAUCGUUGAUGUUACGAGGGAAGGGAACAAAUCUCGUGACUAUAGAGGUGAGGAAAUCGAGAAAGAGUUAA